AUGCAGUGUCUGCAUCAUGUUCCAUACACAUCAUGGCGUUUGACCGUGUACCGACAGCUUUUUACAACCCCUCGCCCCAAUACCUUGUCUUCCAGCUCUCGACGUACCAUCUCAUCCACGACGACUCAGUACCAAGCACAACAGCACGACCAACAAGACGCAACACACGCAGAACAACCCAACAAUGACUCUGAGGAAUCACCUACACCCCGACCCUCCGACCUACUCCCUCAAUCGCCGCUCCUCACAGACCCGCACAUCAGCCCCGUGAAGAAGCGCAGAAAGGAACGCCCAACCGAUGAAGACCCCAGCUGCCUCCGCAGGAACCCCUGGGCCCAAGCCCUCGCCUCGCCCAUCCGAAUGUGUUGCAUCACAGGCGCCCGAGCGCCGCGAGAUCUGCUGACAACCUGGGGCCUGGUCCAGCGUCCCAACUCCAGGGGACUGUGGAUGAUGCCCGUGGAUUUGCUGAAGGAUGAACUAAGCGCAGACGAGUCCCCCAAGGACCAGAAACCCGCGCCGUCAACCGAAUCCUCUCAAGAAGAGCAGGCCUCCGUCUCAUCUCCGCCCCGGGCUCUGCGGCACCUGUCGGUGCGGCUCGUCGAUAGUAUCCAGCUGCUGCGGAGGCUGUGCAGGUCCAUGGCAUCGCAUGAAAUCGGAAAUUACUCGGCCCUGGUCAAGGCCAUCCCGUAUCGGUAUAAGCAUCCGGUCGGCCCGCUGACCCCGUCCCAUGCGCGUUCGCUGAUAUGGAGGCAAGAUAUGCCGACGUUUGUACUGAAGAGAAUGCGAAUGGAAGCCGUGAAGCGGCUGGAGAAAGUCACCGUGAAUCGCCCAAAGCUGGGUCAUCAUAACGGAGUGUGGCAGGAGGUUGAAAUCGAGGGCCAGGUGUCGGAGGAUACCCUGAAAAAGGGGUUGGAGGGUAUGAAGGCGGUUGAUCGCAUGGAGUGCGGCGCCGUGAUCGUUAUGAGAGAGCAGCAGAUCGAACAGGAUGCGCUGCCGCGGCUAGUGACUCUCCCGCAGACUGGGUCGCGUGUUCCUGUAUUUGAUCUGUCCGUGUUACUUUCAGAUUCUGACCGAGAGGCACUGCGCAGCGCUGAUCCGAGGUUCCAGAGAACAGGUCUGUUUUUCAGACCGCAUGGUCCCAAGGCUCGUAAGGCGAUGAUGGCCUUGUGGAAGCUGCAAAAUUUUCUCAAUGAGGACAUUCGAUUUGAUUAG